AUGGUGGACAAAUUUGUUGAUAUAAAAGAGCUUCCAAGAAAACUUGGAUUCGUCGAUAGAAAAAAAACUACAACUAACGAGAAAUUUUCAUUCAGAGAUGUGAGAUGGAUCCAGAUUGAGGAAUUUGGUAUAACCAAGUACAGAUACUCUUUUGAUGAAACAGAAAAUUGGACCAUUGUUGAUAUAAGAAAACAGCGGAAUCUCGAUAGGAGAGGACAAAAUGAACCUUUAUUAGUGAACGUCGAUAGAAUCCGACCUAUUGGGGCCAACAAGUUUGACAAUAUUCAGGAACAGAUUCCUUUCAUACCAGAAAAUUUUAGAGGAUUUUAUGAAAACUUAAGAAGAGGAGACGAUUAUUUAGUCUGUGGAUCAUUUGUUAUUACCUUUGUGAGUUCAUAA